GACUCGUCCAUGCCAUCGAUGAUUCCUAACGAUAAAAAUUACCUCCACUCAAUGGGUUCACCUUUUAUGUCCUUUUAUGACAUUCUUCUUAUGAACACACACUACGGAUGCCUUGAGAAGUGCAAGUCUGUUAGCUCCGCUGCCAAAUGCAAGAAUGGUGGCUACCCAAAUCCUCGAGAUUGCUCCAAAUGUAUCUGUCCACGUGGAUACGGUGGUGUUUCAUGCAACGAAAAACCGCAAGCAAAGUAUUGCGGUAGAACAGAAACGGUUCUGCUCCAAAAAAAAGACAUUCAAGCUAGUUAUGGGAUACGAUGACACAACAAAACAUGAUGACUUCAAGGAAUGCUACUACUGGAUCAAGAAUCCGGAAAAGAAGACAGUCAAAUUAACAAUCAAAAGCCUCAAAGUUGGGUCCGUUAAUGUUGCUUGCAAUUACGGAGGAAUUGAAAUCAAAUCACAAAAAAAUCAGCUAAUGAGUGGCUACAGAUUCUGUGACUCAAAUGAAAAUAAAGGAAAGGUUAUCUCCUCGUCCAGCAGCAUCAUUCCCGUCAUAGCCUACAUCUUUACAAAGCAACCGAAUUCGAGUUGGAGUAUCGCACAGGCAAGUAGUGGCUAUACCCACCCUGCAGAUCUCUUCCGGAUAGACGUACAGCGUGAGAGUAAACUACAAGGAUUUUCCUCGUGCUCUAAAACCCAAUCAGCUUCUGCAAUAAAUGUAUCAAGACAUUGA